AUGUUGAGUCGCGUACUUCCCGCUCUUCGUCCCAGAAUCUUUACUGCGCUCGCUUCCCUGAGCUCACAACGCCUCUGCCAGGUCGCUCAAACACGAGGAUAUGCCGCUCAAGUAACCAAGAUGGCUCCGGACUUUAAAGCUACCGCUGUGUUAAAUGGAGAGUUUAAAGAAAUGCAGCUCAAGGACUUCCUUGGCAAGUACUUAGUGGUCUUCUUCUACCCCCUGGACUUCACAUUUGUUUGCCCGACCGAAUUGAUUGCCUUCUCUGAUCGCAUCUCCGAGUUCCAGGCCAUAGAUACCAACGUUGUAGGUGUCUCCACUGACUCUCAUUUCAGCCAUCAUGCGUGGAUUAACACACCACGAAAGGCUGGCGGUCUUGGUGGUCUAAAGUAUCCCCUCCUCUCGGACUACAAUAAACAGAUGGCCAAGGACUAUGGAGUCCUGUUGGAGGGACCUGGGGUGGCUCUUCGUGGCCUCUUCAUAAUUGACCCCAAGGGUACUGUGCGUCAAGUGACCAUCAACGACCUACCCGUUGGUCGCAGCGUGGAUGAAGUCCUGCGUCUG